UAGGACCAUUGAAUGAACAUAUAGCACACCGGGGCGGUUAUGUAGAGCCCGAAAUAUAUCUGUGCAACAUUCUUCGCUGACCUACUUUUAUUAGCAAUAACUAUUCAGUAAUAAUAACUGACACAUUUAAAUAGAAACCUGGUUUUGCUCUCUCAUCCAUGCGGUGAAAUAAAGACAUAAAUAAAGACAUAAAAUCCUUCCCAGCUUCUCUUAGAAAUAACAGCGUGUCAGGUGCGGCUCCAUCGCUCGCUGCAGGUUUUCUGGGAGGUGGGGGGGCGGAGCGUAACGAGGAGAUCUCCCUCCUCUUUAAAAAAAUAAAAAGUGAGGCGCGCACAGGCUGUCCGUUCGCACUGGCAGAGAAAUUAUGAUUCCGAGAAGAGCUGCUCCUGCGCUUCAGCAAUUAAGACAACACUUCCACUGCGACUGAUUCCACCAGAAAUCUCCGAGCCUCGCUGAGUGCGGUCCCCGUCAACUAUCUCCUACUCCGUAGCCUCCCUCGCUCUCUCCUGCCUUCUUCUUCUGCGCUGGAUCUUUCGUGCCAGAAAAUGUGCGUGGAGAGCGAUGGAUGCGAGAUUGAAGGCUGCAGCAGCUCGGAUGAGGUGCGCACGCUGUCGGGCAGCAUGAGUCCCGGACUGAAAUCCAACCCGGACCUUCACCCCUGCAGACCGGGGCAGAAAUUCCGCGCCGCGCUGCUGAAAUGCCGCUCACCGGCCGCCGCCGCCGGGAUCCUCAGUUUUGGGAACGUCCUCAAUUACAUGGAUAGAUACACCGUAGCCGGUGUUGUGCUCGACAUUCAGCGGAAUUACGACGUGUCAGACAGCAGAAUCGGCUUGCUGCAAACAGUUUUCAUCUGUAGCUUCAUGGUGGCAGCUCCCAUCUUUGGUUACCUGGGCGACCGCUUCAACAGAAAGGUCAUCCUGAGCUGUGGCAUUUUCUUCUGGUCCAUUGUUACCCUGUUGAGCUCCUUCAUCAGUAAAGAGUACUUCUGGCUGUUUGUGCUCUCCAGAGGACUCGUGGGCAUCGGAGAAUCCAGCUACUCCUCCAUCUCUCCCACCAUCAUAGGAGACCUCUUUACUAGUAACACCCGCACCAUGAUGCUCUCUGUCUUCUACCUGGCCAUCCCCCUGGGAAGCGGGCUGGGCUACAUCCUGGGCUCCAGCGCCAAGGAGGCUGCAGGAGACUGGCACUGGGCACUGAGGGUUUCCCCAGUUUUAGGCAUCACUGCAAGCGUUCUCAUCCUGCUCCUUGUCCCUGACCCAAAGAGAGGGAGCGCCGAUCAGCUGGGAGGUCGCAUCAGGAGCCGCACCUCCUGGUUGUGUGACAUGAAAGCGCUCGCCAAGAACAUGGUGUUCGGGGCCAUCACAUGUGUGACGGGGCUGUUAGGCGUGGUCAUCGGGGCUCUCACCACACGCCUGUGUCGCCAGAAGACAGAACGAGCCGACCCUCUGGUGUGCGCCGUCAGCAUGCUGGGCUCGGCCAUCUUCAUCUGCCUCAUCUUCGUGGUGGCCAAGAAGAGCAUCAUUGGAGCUUACGUUUGUAUCUUUAUUGGAGAGACGCUGCUUUUCCUCAACUGGGCCAUAACAGCAGACAUCUUAAUGUUUGUUGUUAUACCCACGCGGAGAGCAACAGCUGUCGCGUUCCAGAGCUUCACCUCUCAUCUCCUGGGCGAUGCAGGAAGUCCGUACCUGAUAGGCCUGAUCUCGGACGCCCUUCAGCAGAAGUACACUACAUCAGCACUGUGGCGGUUCCUGAGUUUGGGCUAUGCCCUCAUGCUUUGUCCCUUCAUCAUCGUCCUGGGGGGCAUGUUUUUCCUGGCCACCGCGCUCUAUUUCCUGGAUGACAAAGAUAAAGCCGAGGCCCAGUGUAACCAGGCAACACAGCCCCCGUCUUCAGUCAAGGUGACGAGCAAAUGAGGAGCUACCUGAAUGCACAACCAAACCUGACAAAGGAUGACUAGACGGCGAUAAAAGAAAGGCUUCUUUAUGCUCCCAGUCAUCCUCCCCAAGAUCAUCAUCAUCCUCCUCCUCCUCUUGGCUCCUGCUGCUCUCUGUUUUUUUACAGCCUCGCUGAGGUGACUGGAAAGAGGGAGCGUCUUGCCCCUCCUUCUAAACCACAGCCCGGUGAGAAGGUGCUCAACCCACCCUCCACUUGGAUCGUGUCCUCCUCGCCUCUGUGAGGAUCCUCUGAACUUUUGCAGGCCAAGACCGCCGUAAGCCCUCCUGAUGCUAAACUACUGAAUGCUGACCACGAACCUGCCCUGUCUGUCUGCCUGUCUGUCUCUUAUCGGCUGUCGAUCUGCAACAAGUGCCAUCGCAUCAUUACAUUCCUUCGGAUUUGCACUGACCGCCAACAGCCCUCAUCACUAGCUAUGUUUACAUGCAUUCGACUAAGCCACGCAUGAAGCUCUGCUGAAGCUAAAGCAGCUGCAGGAAAACGCAGCAGCGGUGCAGGCGUUGUUUAUCUCUUUAAACAAGUGACUGAUGUCGCAUUACUCAUCACAGUCUCGCCGCAGUAACAGCAGAAACAGCAAAUUCAGUGUUUACACCAUAAAUCCAGUAUUUUCACAGUGAAAGUUUAGCCGUGCAUGUAAACAAGCUAGAGCCAAAAAUGUGUUGCUUUGGGAAAGGUCAGUGAACGAGCCUUAAAGUCGGAGCUUUCACACCUGCAGAUGUUUCUUUGAGCCCCGCGUGCGUUUCCACUUGGAUGAGAACUCGUUAUGUUCGGAUUGUUUGUGUCGUUUUCUGUUUAUGUCGGAUUUGAAGCUGGAGGUUACUGCCUAUGAUUGUUUCCUAACCGUGAUGAUGCAGUCUGGGCGAUUUAAAGUGGACACUGGAUAUGUAUAGUUUAUAUCUUUUAUAUUUAUAAUUUAUUCUAUUCAUGCUUUUUCCAAAAGUCAAUGUCAUGCUAGUCUUUUGACUGUUUAUGUACACGAGAAGCAAUACUAAGAACAUUUAGAAGAAACCAACCUUUUUGUUCCACACUGCCUUAUCAGUGAGCUCGGCUUCCCUUUAAAGAGGUCGCUCUCUGAUGGUUGGUUUUGAAUUUCUGGACACACCACCCACCCACACAGGGACCGAGUCGCUCUUAAUGGUGGAUCGCAGUCCAAUCAUCAGCGCUUACAAUAACAGGCAUUGUGAAAAGAGGCCCUUCCUCUCCAACUGCAGAUAUCCCAUUGCAUCAGUUUAUUAGCGAGGGGAAUCAAAAUGCCAGACAGGAACAGGAAACGCGAGCUCGUAUCGUUGCAAACUGAUGAAUGAGGAAUCCCCCUAAAGAGCUGAAAGAGCUUCAUUUCUGCCUGCCGUUUCCAUGGGUACACAUCUCUCGCGAAGAAAACAAAACAACAAUUGUCAGUGAGGGAAGCUAUAGCAUGUAGCUUGCACAUAACACAAGCGAUGGUGAAGGGUGAAACCUCAGAGCCACUAAUGGGAUCCCAGGUUUUAAGGGGGAAAGAUGCACUUUGCAGACCUGGAAGGAACCACAGAAGGCAGAGGAUGCACUGACCUUAGCUGAGGAACAAAAGGAGACUCCGAGGUUGUUCUUGUAGCAUUGAUGUGUGAGCAUGACUCACUGGCUGUGUGGGGGUGCUGUGUGGGCUGUGUCCUUGCUGCCAGAUCAUUAGCUUUAGCUUCUUCCUCCAACUGCGUGGAGCUCUCUGAAUGUGAUUCUGUCCCACCCGAUGUGUUUACACCACCUUCAUCUUCUUAACGAACUAAGCUUCUUACCUUCCAUUUAUUGAUCUUCUUUUCCUUUGUAAUGUUAUCAGAGGACUUUUUGAAUACCUACAGUAGAGAUAUAUAUAUAAAGCUAUACCAUGCAGCGAUUUUAAUAUAUUGUAAAUGAUGGCUUGGAUGCAAUGUAUUUAUUUGUUUGUUACAUAUUGAAGAAUAUUCUAUAAAGGGAAAUUUAAGGCUGCAGUAUAAUAGACUGAGCCAUGUGUCACUGGGUUGGAAACCUUUUCCUGUCAUACUGAAACAACACACGCCCCUUUUGCAUUAGCUGGAUUACGAUUGGACGUGUCCCACGUGUAGACACAGAAAUAAAUGCAAUGGGUUGUUUUUAAGACACAUUAGCCUCAUUGUAAGGAUGCAAUUUAUAUUAAGCUCAUUUAUGUGUUUUUAUUUGUAGAUUCAAAACCAUUUUUGCACAUUUAAUGAUCAGGGAUUUCUUUGAGCCACCGCCUCGCACCAUCGACGGCCCGGCCUCUCGGCGCUGGCGUGUCGUCGUCUGUCAUCCGUAGGAACUUCCGCUCUGAUCAGACGAGCCAUGGAUCGAGUUUCACGUUGCCAAAAUUCAGUUGAUUUAGCACCAGUCCGUCCUUUUAUCUGUCGUAAAUGUAUGUUAACAAUCACUGAAGUGAUGUCUCGAGGAAAUGCUUCUUGUCAUACAAGAGUCUGUACAAAUAAACUCACGUUGAGCAGAAGAGAAAAAAACAGAAGUUAUUUUUAUUUUUAGAGGACGUCAGUACACGUGUCCGAGAAGUCAAAGGGUAUUCUUUUAGAGCUGGAAUGUGAUGCUCCCGUGGGUGGAUGAUGGAAAAAUGUACAGGUCUGUAAAUCAAAUAAACCUAUUCACACACA